CACCGUGCUUGCCAGUGGCGAGGGGGCUCAGAGGAGUAAGCGCUGGAGAGGCUCGCGAAAGUCAGAUCGGCCUGCCAAGGUCCUUAAGAGGACUGAGAAGACCCCUCCUCCUCCAGCUCCCACUGUUACGAGCUUGGCCGUGAAUCCUAUUUCCCAGGUCGAAGCUUUCGCCACCGAUGCCCCCCCUGUACCUCCUACUAUCAUGGUCUACCCAGUGCUUGACCCUCCUCCAAAGAAACCAGCGUCCAAAGGGCGCCUGUUGUCGAUUUCUACUCAUGUUGAUGAGUGUGUCAUCAACAAUGCUGCCGGGACUCAUGGAGCUACACUUGGCCUGGACAUCCUGUCUCGGGUAGGCCAGAGCAUCAGUAGCUUCGAGGCUCCCCAGUGGCAGUUUUUGAACAAUGCUCGGGACUGCAACACCCUUUAUGACAAGAGUGUCGAGCUCAUUGCUGCGUCUUUUGCUGCUGUUGCUCAACUUAAUUAUAAGUUGUACAACGAGGUUCACUCGAGCAUGUCCUAUGCCCAAGAGUCGAAGAAUCUUCAACUUAAGCUCACUGACGAGUAUAAGGCCGCAAAGGCAAAGAUGGAGGCUGAAACCGAGCAGAUGAAGGCCAGGAUAGUCGAGCUCGAGAAGUUCAAUGUCAAGCUUGAGGAGGAGAAAAAGGCCACCUUCGAGAUAAUGGAGGGCGAAAAGGCUCGUCUUCUCGCGGUCGACCUGGCCAUGUACAGGAUCUGGGCCAGUAAUGCCGAUCUUGAUACCAGCUUCCUAGGCUCUUUUGAGGAAGAGCUCGUGGCCAAAUGGCAGGCUUGGCUCGAUGCAGAGGAGGCUACUCGGGAGGAGGCAGCGAGGGCCAAGGAAGAUGCUGAGAAGGCUAAGGAGGAUGCUCAUUCCUCCUAAAUCUCGACCCGGGGCUACGUCCCUUUGAACCUCUUGUAAUAGUUUUUUAUCUUCUGUUUUUUAUGCCCCUGGGGCCAAGACAAUUUAUAGCUCGUGAAAGAGCUAUUUUAUUACAAUAUCUAUUACCGUAUUUGACUUUACUUUAAUAUUUUUGCUUUACAUUUCUUAAGUCGAAAUAUUUCAAGUAA